UCUCAACCUUUCAUCUAUCUGAUAUUACCUACUGGUAUUACUGAUUUUAUGCAAUUCUCUUUGCAUAUCAAGCUUCAAGUAGUUUCGACAGUCAACAGUCAACAGUCAACACUCAACACUCAACACUCAACAAGACAUCUAGCUAUAUCAUACAUUAAUUACUAUCAGAAUGUUAAUUCAAGAAUCUCACCAAGAUGUUGCAACCAAAGCGGGGGGUAAAGAGGGAUCGAUGAGUACAACUUGAACAUUCCCCUCCUGAACAAGAGUCAAACUAACCAUCUCUAGGAAUCUUCCUCUUCCACCCUACUAUUCCAAACUACCCUCAAGCGUGUGUAGUGCCAUAUGUUCUAGUAUUUAAGGUUCAAAACUGAAGCCUCUCUUUUAUCACAGACGAUUCCCUGGUGUUGUUCUUUUCAGUGAGAUUUAUCAGGGUUAGUGGGGGUUUGGUGGGGUUAUCAACAUCCCCUAUCAGUAUUUCUUCAUGUCAUGUUAUUGGUCUCAAUCUAAUCUUUCUUCAUUUCCUUAUCAUGGAGAUAGACGUUGGGCUGAAGUGACAACUCAUCGUUUGGAGUCCCAUAAGGCUUGCUCAAUGGACAUCUAUACCCACCCCGUGUUUUCUACCUCUCUUAUCUUGUAACCCCGCAUCUUCACGUGCUACACAUGGAUAUACUUGCUGAUACUCUUCAUCGUAGUCACUGGACCAGUUGCCAGAUUCGCAAGACAAAUCGCUGGUCAAGGCUAUAUUGUUGCAGCGCCUUCGUCGUAUCAUGAAUUCACUGGUCCGGAGCCUUUAGCUUAUGAUGUUCCCGGAACUGAUGCAGGAAAUGAAUACAAAAUCACAAAGGUAUGCUUCUCCAGCAUGAAACCUCUAGAUCUAGACUACGAUUCGGACCCCUGUAGAUUUUGAGCCAAUGCCUUUCAAGCCAAUCUCUAAUCAUACACCCACAGACCCUCGAAGCCUAUGAUGAAGACUCUACCCUGACAAUCGAUUAUCUCCUGUCACUCCCUACCUGCAAUGGCCGCAUUGGCAGCACAGGAAUGUGUCUCGGCGGCCAUCUUGCCUACCGCUGUGCUCUCGAUCCCCGCGUUGCGGCAGCGGUAACAUAUUUCGCAACUGAUCUCCAUAGCGCCACUCUUGGUCUCGGUAAAAAAGACGACAGUUUAGCGCGUGCUUCCGAGAUCAAGGGAGAACUUGCCCUGAUUCACGGAUGCAAGGAUAAUCAUGUACCUCCUGAGGGAAGAGAUAUUAUUAGAAAAACUUUGAGGGAGAAAGGUAUUACCUUUAGUUGGUAUGAGGUUGCUUGGGCACAGCGUAGGUUUUUUCUUCACGAAUAAAUUGAUCAACACCUACUAAGAUAAGUAAAAUAGACGCAUUCAUCCGUGACGAACUAUCAAAAGGUCGAUACGACCCUGCCAUUUCUAAAAUCUGUUUCGAGAUUCUUUUGGAACUAUUUGGACGCACCUUGAAGUUAGACCUAGGGCCACAUGAUGGCAAGGAACAAAAAGUUGAAGAUAUCUGUUAGAUAUUGGAUAAUUAUCCUUAAAUCUACAUAUUGAAUUAAGAAUAUGAACUUUCGACUCACAACUAUACU